ACAUCAAAGUCAUUGACAGCAUAAACCCUAAUUUAUUAAUUGCCUUCGGCAUCAGAUUUGCAAUCAUUUUCUUAAUAAAUCGCAUUAAGGUACGAAUUUUGGCCCUUUUCAGAACAAGAACAAGAGAUGGAAUAACAAAUAAUUCCUAUAUCUGAUUAUAAAAAUUCCAGUCACUGUCAAUGGCGAAAAGGAUAGAUUUUCCAAACCCACUCACAAGUUGAAACGACAUCGUGGCACCUUUUACUUUUCAGCUGCAACAAAACUGAGUACAGUGAAAAAAACCACCGCCAGAAGCUUACUUUCAAAUCAAUAUUCAUAUAUCUAUUACAAAUUUCACUUAAUUCUAUCAAUUUAUUUGCUGUGUACAUGUAAUCUCUCUUUCUAUCCCUAAAAUUUACCAAUUAUACAAUCAACGCUUUUGUGCAUUUUUUUUUGUUUAAUUUUGAUAUAUUGAAUUGCUGAAGAAAAGGAAGAGGAUUGGUAAGGAGUGUAUUAUUAAUUUGUUAUAAGUACUGAUGAUGAAGAAGGCUCCGGCAUCUGUGUUGCCGGCGAAUCCGCGCCACGUUCUGUGGCUGGUGUGGAAGAUGGUUAUUGUGGUGUCCAUCAUUCUCUGUGUAUGGACUUUCUUUAGACUGCAGAAGUACUCGGAGUCUUCGGUCUCUCCUUAUUCAACCUUGCCUCGGGAAUCUCGAGUGUUUUUUGAUCGGUUCGAAGGCAAUCCCAAAAUCGCGUUUCUAUUCCUUGCUCGGAGAGAUUUGCCUCUCGAUUUCCUUUGGGGAAGCUUUUUCGAGAAUGUAGACAGGGCAAAAUUUUCAAUAUACAUACAUUCACAGCCUGGUUUUGUGUUUGAUGAAUCCACUACAAGAUCUAGUUUCUUUUAUGAUCGACAGUUGAAAAAUGGUAUUAAGGUAGUCUGGGGAGAAGCAAGCAUGAUUGAAGCCGAGAGGUUGUUACUUGACGCUGCUCUUGAAGAUCCAGCAAAUCAGAGAUUUGUUCUCUUAUCAGACAGCUGUGCCCCUUUGUACAACUUCAGCUAUAUUUACAACUAUCUCACGGCUUCUCCAAGGAGUUUUGUGGACAGUUUUCUUGAUAAAAAAGAUGUGCGCUACAAUCCAAAGAUGUCACCAGUUAUACCACAGGGCAAAUGGCGGAAAGGAUCGCAGUGGAUCGCGUUAAUCCGUAGACACGCUGAAGUCAUCGUGGACGAUGAAGUCGUCUUUCCCAUCUUUAGGAAGUUCUGCAAGAGACGGCCACCAGUAGAUGUCAGUAAAGGAAAGCUGAAUCUUAAACUUCAGAAACAACACAAUUGUAUCCCGGAUGAACAUUAUGUGCAGACAUUACUUGCAAUGAAUGAUCUUGAAUCUCAACUUGAACGAAGGACGGUGACCUACACUGUGUGGAACCUAUCUGCUACAAAAAUGGAAAAUAAAGGUUGGCAUCCUAUUACAUUUAGCUAUGCAGAUGCCGGGCCUCAACAAAUAAAAAGAAUAAAGGAUAUCAACCAUAUAUACCAUGAAACCGAGUUCAGAACUGAGUGGUGCAGUAAUAAUACUACGUCUGUUCCCUGUUUUUUGUUUGCAAGGAAAUUUUCUCAAGGAGCUGCCAUGCGUCUUUUAAGUGAAGGAGUGGUUAGUAACUUUGACGUCACUGCAAUACUGGAUUCUCCACCAUGAUUUUGCCGGUGCGUGAGCCAUCGAAAUGUUGGGUAUUCUUUUGACUGUCAACUUACAUCAGAAAAUUCUUUUGGUCAGCUGCUGGAAUGUCCAUAAAUGUUGUAACAUCAGUGCAGGGAAAUUUUUUUACACUAAACUACUUAGAGAAGAUAGUGUAAACAUAGAUUACGGGCAAAUAGUUCGAAGAAUAUAGUAGUUUGACAUCAAGCUAUGCUCACCCGAAGACUGAAGCGUGUUGAAGAAUGUUCUUGUUAGAUACAGCUUUUGGCUUGUGCUGUAUGAUAGUAGUGGCAUACUCCUUUUAUUCGCACUACUUGUAGUUUUUACUAAUGAAUAGCAUUGCUCUAUAUUUUAUUAAUGUAUAGCAUUGUUC